CUUCUUUCUUCUGCUACUCUUCCUUCUCCCCUAUCUCUCUUCUACCUCCCAUUUCCCAAAUUCAUAAAUAAACAUUUUAAUAAUUUUUUUACCUCAGCUGGGUGAAGUAGGGGAAGUGUGGCGUGACUUGCAUAGAGGGAGAUAUGGCUGGGAUUGUGACUGCAGAGUCUGAAGAGGGGAGAUCAUUGGAAGGGGUUUUGAGCUGUCAGCAGCAGCAAUGUCAAUCCGGUGAGGCAUUAGCAGAAUGGAGGUCUUCCGAGCAGGUUGAAAAUGGGAUCCCUUCAACUUCGCCCCCUUACUGGGACAGUGACAGUGAUGAUGACAAUGGACCUCGACCUUCUGAGUUAUAUGGAAAGUAUACCUGGAAGAUCAGCAAGUUUUCACAAAUUAACAAAAGAGAACUUCGAAGUGAUGUAUUUGAGGCUGGGAGCUACAAAUGGUAUAUUUUGAUUUACCCCCAGGGAUGUGAUGUCUGCAAUCAUCUCUCUUUGUUUCUCUGUGUGGCUAAUCAUGACAAGCUUCUUCCAGGAUGGAGUCAUUUUGCGCAGUUCACUAUUGCUGUGGUGAAUAAAGAUGCUAAAAAGUCCAAGUAUUCUGAUACGCUUCAUCGAUUUUGGAAAAAGGAGCAUGAUUGGGGAUGGAAAAAAUUUAUGGAGCUAUCAAAAUUGUUAGAUGGAUUUAUUGAUGCUGAUACAUUAAUAAUUAAAGCUCAAGUCCAGGUCAUCAGGGAGAGAACAGAUUAUCCCUUCCGUUGCCUAGACAUUCAAUAUAGGAGGGAACUUGUUCGGGUAUAUUUGACAAAUGUUGAACAAAUUUGCCGUCGUUUUGUAGAAGAAAGAAGGAGCAAACUUGGAAAGUUGAUUGAGGACAAAGCUAGAUGGUCAAGCUUCCGUACCUUCUGGAUGGGUAUAGAUCAAAGUGUCAGGCACCACAUGUCACGAGAGAGAACAGACUCCAUACUAAAAGUACUUGUGAAGCACUUUUUCAUAGAAAAAGAAGUCACAUCUACUCUGGUCAUGGAUUCACUGUACAGUGGACUGAAGGCUCUUGAAGGGCAGACCAAGGGGAAUAAAGUUAAGGGGAAAUAUUUGGAGGCAGAAGAAUUACCGGUUCCUAUUGUUCGCAUUGAGAAAGAUAUGUUUGUUUUGGUGGAUGAUGUGUUACUACUACUUGAGAGGGCUGCCAUGGAACCUUUGCCUCCAAAGGAUGAGAAGGGUCCUCAAAAUCGGAUCAAGGAUGGAAGUGCUGGAGAGGAGUUCAACAAAGAUUUAAUUGAACGCGAUGAGAGGCGUCUUACUGAACUGGGUCGUCGGACAAUUGAAAUAUUUAUCUUAGCCCAUUUAUUCAGCAGUAAAAUUGAAGUUGCAUACCAGGAGGCUGUUGCUUUAAAGAGACAAGAAGAGCUCAUCCGGGAAGAGGAGGCAGCUUGGAUGGCGGAGAAUGAGCAGAAAGGAAAACGUGGAGCAGCUGAUAAGGAAAAGAAGUCAAAGAAAAAGCAGGGCAAACAAAAACGAAAUAGUCGCAAAGCCAAAGACAAGGGAAGGGAUGAUAAACCUGACAUUGUUCUACAAGGCAAAACUGGGCCAGAUACUCCGACUGGUGAAAGGAAUUCCAAAGUAGUACAAAAAAGUGAUGCACUGGAAGAUGUUUCUGAUGUAUCUGAUUCAGUAGAUUGUGUUCCAGAAGUACUCCCCCCUGAUUCAGAGGAGAGAGCUGUAAGUCCUAUUAAUCGGGAUAAUGAUACUGCCGAAAUGCAUCCUCCUGCAGAAGCCAGUAGUAGUGUGAUUGAUGGGAUUUCCAGUGUUCAAAAUGGCAUAGCAGGGAGAACUCCAUCUGUUGUGGAUGAUAAUUCAUCCACAUUCUCCACUGACUCAGUCCCUUCUGUUGUAGUGAAUGUUCCUUAUAAAGGAAAUCCUCCAAAUCUAAGACACAAAAAAUCGUUGAGCAGAGUGAGGAAUCAUCGAGGCACGGCUUUUGACGCGGAUUUGGCUAAUGAAACACCUAGUCAAUCAUUUGAAUCCGGGUCAGUUUCAGGGCAGCAAAGUGAUCCAACUGGAGCAAUAAGUGGAUCCGUGUCUCAAACUGUUGUUCCAUCCUUCCAGGAUAGGGUAAGCUGGCCCAAGUGCCAUGUGGGAAAGGAGGAAGUAAUAGUUUCACCACAGAGAAAUCUUAGUGCCAAAGAUGUGGCUCGCGCAGAGGCAUCUACAGAGAAGACAGCAGGUGUAAUAUCCUCUCCCAGGAGCUCUUCCAAAAAUAUUCCAUCUACUGCUCUGCCGAAAUCAGAGACAAAGAUAAGUGCUGCCUGCAACCAAGUCAUGGUUAAGAAACCAUCUCCUGACAGCACAAAAGAUGCUGGUAGACCACUUAGAUUGGAAACUAUAGCUGCUAAUGCUGUUCCAUGGAAACCUGGUGCUCAGAAAGUUGCGACUCUAAAACUAGUUGAUAAGCCUUCUGGACAGCAAGUACCUGCCGCAAGUGAAAAGCCUUCUGGACAGCAAGUGCCUGCCACAACUGAUAAGCCUUCUAUGCAGCAAGUGCUGGUCACUAAUGAAAAGCUUUCAAAACCAAAAAUACCUGUUGUGUCGAGACCCUUGAGUGCUCCUCUAACUCCUGGACCAAGAGCAACUGUUUCCAUGGCUCCCAUGGUCCAGACAACCCCAUUUUUAGCACGCUCCAGUAGUGCUGCUGGUCGAUUGGGCCCUGACCCUUCAUCUGAAACUCAGACUUAUGUCCAGCAGUCAUAUCGAAAUGCAAUGAUGGGAAACUCUGUCGCAGGAAGUUCACCAGCUUAUAAACAACAUCAUGCACCUGCUUCAGUCGUAAAUCCGUCAUAUUCUUACUCACAGGCACCGGCAGUUAUAUCUCCACCACUCUUUCCUCCACAAAGCCCUGAUAGGAUGGAACCAAAUUCAGUGACAACAAGUUCUCCGUUUGUAAUGGUAAAUCAUGAAAUGCUACAAAAUGGGUCCACAUGGAUGGAGUCCUCUCAAAGGGAUAGCAGCAGGAAAAUACCAGAUCAUCAUUCUUCUGUGCUCAAUGAAAUGAAAAGUUCUGCUGUGUAUGCGCCUCCGAUGAGCAGAUUCCAGGAUCACAAUCCAUCUGAGUCUCUUGCCCUCACAUCUGGCCCUCAAAGUCAUGGUGCAUUUGCAGAUGAAUUUCCCCACCUGGAUAUCAUCAAUGAGUUGCUAGAUGAUGAGCAGGGGUAUGGGAUCUUCGACGGAGAAAAUCUGGGAUAUCGAAGUUUCAGCAACGGGCCUCACCAUCUAAACCAGCAGUUUAGUUUCCAAAGUGAGAUGGGCAUGUCAAGUGUCCUGGGCCCCUCUACGAGCUCAUGUAAGUUUGAGCGGACUCGAAGUUCUCAUGACGAUGAGUUUCUGCAUGGUUACGGUGCUUCCGGGAGCCAUUUGGAUACUCUUGGGAAUAUGAUUCCUCAGUCUAGUUCACAACCUUAUGUAAAUGGGCAGAUUGAUGGUUUGAUUCCUAAUCAAUGGCAAAUGGCUGGUUCUGAUCUGCCCUUGAACGUUAGGAAUAUGGAUAGUGAUGGCUAUCCACAUUACAUCCCAGAGUAUCCAAAUCUGGCACAUGGCAUCAAUGGCUAUACAGUAUUCCAGCCGUCUAGUAGACGUUGAAGCCUAUUUAUGAUGGAGCUCAAACAGGAACACGAGUUUACAGUCCAUGGUGACAAUCCUGUCUAGGAAGCCUUGGGUGUUUUAGAUUAUAAAGAGGUUUGUAACCUUUUUGGUAAGAGAUUAUUUGUAAAAAGUGAUUCUGCUUUCUUUGUUUUAUACCUAGUUUUCUAGCAGGUGGCUUUGCUGUUCUGCCGGUUUGGAGGUUUCAAGUUUAAUACAUUGUCUUUAUGUUCUGGUAUAUCUCACCUGAUCUUUUGUUAGUUUGCACUGAUAGUAAGGCUGGAGGUUUAGGCA